AUGCCGACAGAAUUCAUUAGCUUGACAUUCCCCAAUGCAUCGACAGAGGUCAACCCAAUUCCAAAUGCUCUAAUUGACCCGGAGUACCUCAUCCGCUACGCUCGGACUUUGGAUGACUAUGGAUUCAACUACACCCUGGUGCCGUACGAUUCGUCUUAUUUUGAUCCAUUCACGGUUGGAGCGACUAUCGCGUCAGUGACGAAAAAUCUUAAGAUCAUCAUCGCGCUUCGACCGAACACGCUGUACCCAACUGUCGCAGCCAAAGCCCUCGCAACUCUCGACCAGCUCAGUUCGGGACGAGCUGUUGUUCACUUUAUUGCGGGUGGUAGUGAUGUUGAGCAAGCUAAGGAAGGCGACUUCUUGACCAAAGACCAGCGAUACGCGCGCCUUGAAGAAUACAUCAAGAUUCUGCGCCGGGCCUGGGAAUCAGCGGAUCCAUUCGACUGGGACGGUCAAUAUUAUCAAUUCAAGCAAUUCAGCAACAAAGUCCGUCCCAUCAAUGGUACUAUCCCAGUCUCGGUUGGCGGUUCCUCUGAUGAAGCCUAUCGUAUCGGUGGCUCGCUUGCCGAUAUUUUCGGUCUUUGGGGAGAGCCACUGAAGGAGACAAAAGAGCAAAUUGAUCGUAUCUAUGCCGAAGCAGCGAAGGCAGGUCGUGCGGAGAAUGAUCGACCUCGAAUCUGGGUCACUUUCCGUCCCAUUAUUGCCGAGACAGAUGAGCUUGCUUGGGUGAAGGCACAUCGAACUCUUGAUACACUGAAUGCAACCCGUGCUAGUGGGACUGGGAAGGUCCCUUCAAAUGCUCCGCCUCCCCAGAAUGUUGGAUCCCAAAGGUUGCUGGAUAUCGCUGCUAGGGGGGAAGUUCAAGAUCGCGCUCUUUGGUAUCCUACAGUCACUGCGACUAAUGCUCGUGGAGCAUCGACCGCGCUUGUGGGAUCACCGCAGACAAUCAAUGAUUCGAUCUUAGAUUAUGUUGAUCUUGGAGCCGAGCUGAUCUCCAUACGUGGCUAUGAUAACCUCAAUGAUGCGAUUGAUUAUGGACGCUACGUCUUGCCCGGGGUACGAAAGGUUUUGAAAGAGCGGGAGAAUUCGGGAAAAGCCAACUAG